CAUACCUUGUGGCUUUUUUGUUUUAUUAUUGAAAUUAUAGGUUAUAGCGUGCAAAAUAUUGCAAACGUAAUGCGAUUAACUAUUAAAAGCCAGUGCAAGUGUUUAAUAUAUGAUCAGCAAUUAAGUUGAAAGUGCAUUGAAGCAUGUCGCGUCGCACCUUUGGAACAAAGCAGCAGCAGCAGUGAAAAUUCAACGCAAGACUGCAGGGUGAAAACGGCGCCAUUUUAAGAAACAAAACAAAGCCAGCAGCAAAAGCAGCAAGCAAAACUUGAAUGCAAUGCAAUUAAAGGCGCAAAAAGCAUAUGCAUAUGCUCAAAAAACAAUUUCAUUAUCGGUGUGCAUAAUCAAUUAACGCUACAAAAAAAUUACAAAACCUCCGCCCUCGAGUCGAAAUAUGAGCAGUGGCCAAAAUGAGGCAUCAGCAGCAGCAAAAAAGGAAAAGGUUCUCGAAACGCAGCAACGUACACAAGAAUCCGGCAGUGAAAAUGAGGAAACCGACUCUAUUACGGAUCAGUCGAGUCAAUCGAAGUCUACGAAAUCAGCAACACAAUUUAGCGUGCAACGUUCGGAUAUUGAUGGACUGCGCAUGAGAAUCUCGGCCAUAAGGAACCCGCCCGCAUCACAAGCAGCCGCAACGUCAACGAACGCAGCAACAAGUUUAACGAAUUCGACUCAAGCUCGAAGGGAAGCGUCGACAGUUGAGAAUAUUUCGCGUAAGAAGCUGACAAAGGUGCGCAAGAUGAGCGAGGCUCAGGAGCUGAGCGGCUGCUCAACAGAUGCCAAGGACAGGCAUAGAGACAAAGAGAGGGAGAGGGAGAGGGAGAAAGAUAAAGUCUUAUCAACUGCAAACACAACCAAAAAGAUAAAAGUCAAACGGAAGAAGAUUGCGCAAAAAAGCAGCAGCAACUUCAUGGCCAAUAAUAAUAAUAAUAACAAUAGCAAUGGUAAAACGAAUCGCACGGCUGCAGCUGUAUUUAGUUCCGAUUCGGAUGAUGACUUGCCCUUGAAGAUGCACAUUCAGCGUGCACCGCGUCUGCUGCUAACAGCAAUUGGUGGCAGCCAGGGCGACCAUCAUCACAUGGGCAUCUCCAGCAGUGACAACGAGGAGCUGGUCAAAGCAGCCGACCUGGUGAAGGCGGCCAUUAAGCGUGUCGAAAGCGAUGCUGAGGACAAUAGCAGCAUUUCAGCUGGCAUUGCUGCCGCCAAGAUUAAGCAACAGCAUCUGCCCCAAUAUCAAUCCACGCUGCUGCAGGACUUUAUGGAGAAGACACAAAUGCUGAAUCACACAGGCAGCAACAAUAGCUUAGCCAGUGCAGCAGCCUCAGCUCCAGCUGCAUCGGCAUCUGCUAGCAGCAGCAGCAACCUCGCACAGCAGCAGCUGUUGCAGCAACAGCAACAGUUGCAGCAACGCAAGCGACGCGGCCGCCCCAAGAAGCUGCAACCAACUGUUGCCGCCGCCAGCGUAGCUCCCCUGCCCGUCGCCGUGCCCACCAUCAAUGAGUCAGCAGACUCUGGCGUCAUCAGCACCACGCCGUCGCCCAAAAUGCAGCCGGCGCCAAUGGCCAGCGACAAUGCCAAGCCGAAAAUCGAUAUGGCCUAUCUGGAUAAGCGCAUGUAUGCAACGGCGGAACGUGUGCUGUAUCCGCCGCCGCGCAGCAAGCGACGGCAGGGCAACAAGAAGGACAAGAAGGAGGAUGUACAGGUGGAUCCGCUGUGGCGCAAGAUCGACGUGAACAAGAAGUUUCGUUUGCGCAGCGUCAGCGGCUAUAAAAGUGAUGGGGGCGGCGGUGGUGGUACCUCGAACACCAUUUGCAGCAAAAUCCUCGCCGCGAAAAGCGGCUACGUCUCGGACUACGGCAGCGUGCGGCAUCAGCGGCACAAUCACAAUUCGGGCUACAAAUCGGAUGCCAGCUGCAAGAGCCGCUACAGCAGCCGUAGCUGCGCCAGUCGCAGUCGCAGCCGCAUGAGCCGCGCCAAGAGCUGCGGCUAUCGCAGCGACUGCAAGGAAUCCUCGGGUAAAUCGAGCAAAUCGCUGCGGCGACGCAGACGCGCCUCUAUGCUGCGGAGCGGGCAUGAGCAGACAGCGAGUGCGCUCAGCGAUGAGCACGAUCAGGAUAUACUCCAGCUGGCGGGGCUCUCGCUCGGCCAGAGCAGCGAGGAGAGCAACGAGUACAUUAGCAAGCCGAGUCUCAAGUGCUUGCCCAGCACGAGUGCCAGCAAGAAAUAUGGCGAGAUCAAUCGGUUUGUCACCACGGGACAAUAUUUUAGUGGAGCGGCAAAGGCAACAGCUGGGAGUAUUGCGGCCGGAGCCAGCACGCCGAUAGCGACGGCAGCGGUGCCAGAUAACUUUAUGCAGGGUAAAAUGUUGCUGCAACGCAAGCACUCCAUUAGCCAGGAUACCAUUGUGCCCAGCAAGAGUGCGUGUAAAAUAAAGAGUCGACGCUCGUCUGCUGCUAGCAUGUGCAGCAGCUAUGUGUCGGGCGUGUCGCGACGACGACGGCAACGCAGGAAGAGCAUGAGUCAUUCGAAAUCCCUAAAUAUUGACUCCAAGCUGCUAACUGAAAUAGACAUCAUUGCAAGCACAUUUCAUGCGCGCUGUCGCAUUCAGGAGGAUCGGCUGACAGCGAGCAGCGGCAAGGAGAAAUUGCUAGCCGAUGCGAACAAGCUGCAGGCCACGCUGGCCACUGCACCCGUUGCGGCGACAUUGCCGCUGCUAAAUGGCGGCGGCAGCGGCAGCAGCAAUGCAACCGGCGCUGGCACUGGAGCCACCAAGCCGCUGAAGCGUGCCCUAAAGAAGCGCAAGCUAAACGAACCGCUGAUUGACUUUGCCAUGCUCUCGGCCAGCGCUGGAAAUGCGAACGGCAUCAGCAACAGCAUUAGCAGCAGCAGCAACGGCGGCGCCAAGCGACGCCAUAAGAAGUCCAGCAGCAACAGCGGCGGCAGCAACAGCUCUAGUCCCGACGAUCAUAAGCUGCCGCUGAAGAAGCGCCAUUAUCUGGUCACAACGGGCGCCGAGGUGUCGGCGUCGGCGUUUGCCAGCAACGGCAAGCUGAAUGCCGAGGCCUGGGCAGCCGCUGCAGCGGCGGCCAAGAGCAGCGUCAAUACCAAGGCCCAGGCGCAGUUCAAUGCCAAGAAGCUAACGCCCAAGAAGCGACAUUUGCUGGUCAGCCAGGAGGCCAGUGGCAGCGGCUCCUCGGCAGCAGGCAACGCCUCUCCAUUGCGCAUUGUCGUCGAUAAUAAUUCCAUAAGCGGCGGCAAGCUGCUGGACAUCAGUCCCAGUUCGCUGUGCUCACUGAAGCAGCAGCGUCGUCAGGGCACCAAGUCGAAGAACUCCACGGUGGCAAUAGCCGGCGCGGCUGCUCGUGAGCUGCCGCAGCAGUUGCAGUCGCCCGCCGGCAGCAACAGCUGCCCGCCGCCGGGCAUCUUUGAGCCGUCUGUGGAACUGGAAAUCCAAAUACCCAUAGCCAAGUUAAAUGAGGCGGUUAUCACAAAAUCGGAAGUGGAGUCGCCGCUGCUGGCCGCCAUGGACAUCAAGGAGGACGCCAACAAGAAGGAGCAGUGCCAGCGCGUGCUGGAAACGCUGCUGCACAAGACGGGCGGCAAUUUGUUGCUGAAGCGCAAGCGAAAGAAAAUCAAUCGCACCGGCUUUCCCACAGUGAGGCGUAAGAAGCGUAAGGUGAGCGUCGAGCAAACAGCAACUGCACAGCAGCAACAGCCACAGCAGCAGCAGCCACAGCUAGACCCGCUUUUGGAAGUGCAGCCAGCGAAAAAGCGUGGACGUGCGGCCAAGCAAGCGGAAGUGGCGCUGCCCAGACUGGAGCGAAAGCUGGAGACUAGCAUUAAGCUGCCUGCGGGCAUUGAUCCAAAUACGAAUUUUAGUUGUAAAAUACGCUUGAAGCGUCGCAAAACGAUGCAGCAACAGGACACAGUGCAGCAACAGGAACAGCCGCAGCAGCAGCAGCAGCAGCAGCAAGAAAAGAAAACGCAACAGCAACAGCAGAAAUCGGAACAGCUGCAUUUGGAGCCACCCACCAGCGAUGACCUAGAGCAGAUUGCAGCUGAGGCGGCAGCCAAGCGGCAACUGCAGCCCGUGCCAGCCAUUGAGCAUGAGCCACUGCCAGCGCAUGAGUCCACCUCCAAUCUGGCCACCGACUAUGCCAGCUGCAGUGAUACCAGCGAGGACAAGUGCAGCACUGCAUCGCAGCGCAAGCGCACCAAGCUAAAGAAGAACUAUUUGGUGGCUGGACUCUUCUCCAAUUACUAUAAGCAGCUGGGCGGAGGGGGUGCAGCAACGACGCCCGCUGCAACUGUUGCCAUCAAGCAGCCAAAUAAGAAAACUACAGAUGGAGAGCAACAACAACCACAGCAGCAACAACCACAGCAGCAACAAUCACAGCAGCAGCCACAGCAGGGCAGCUCUUUGCUGCCACCGCCCACCUAUUGUGAACGUUACUUUAGGAGCACCGUCAUCGAUUUUGAAUUGCCAUAUGAUAUUUGGUGGGCCUAUAGCCACGAUAAGUUGCCCACGCGGCAUGUGGUGCCCAGUUGGAACUAUCGCAAGAUACGCACCAACGUCUAUGCGGAGUCGGUGCGUCCCAAUCUCGCGGGCUUCGAUCAUCCCAACUGCAAUUGCAAGCCCCAGCCGAAUGGCGCCUGUCUGGACAAUUGCCUGAAUCGCAUGGUGUACACGGAGUGUGUGCCCAGCAAUUGCCCAGCGGGCGACAAGUGCCGCAAUCAGAAGAUCCAACGACAUGAGGUGGCGCCUGGUGUCGAGCGUUUCAUGACCGCCGACAAGGGCUGGGGUGUGCGCACCAAGUUACCCAUUGCCAAGGGCACCUACAUACUGGAGUAUGUGGGCGAGGUGGUCACCGAGCGGGAGUUCAAGCAGCGCAUGGCCAGCAUUUACCUGAACGACACGCAUCACUACUGUCUGCAUCUGGAUGGCGGUCUGGUCAUCGAUGGCCAGCGCAUGGGCAGCGAUUGCCGCUUCGUGAAUCACUCGUGCGAGCCCAACUGCGAGAUGCAAAAGUGGAGUGUGAAUGGAUUGUCGCGCAUGGUGCUGUUCGCUAAGCGGGCCAUCGAGGAGGGCGAGGAGCUGACCUACGAUUACAAUUUCUCGCUCUUCAAUCCCUCCGAGGGCCAGCCGUGCCGCUGUAAUAUGCCGCAGUGUCGCGGUGUGAUUGGCGGCAAAUCCCAGCGCAUUAAACCGCUGCCAGCGGAGCUGAAGACGACGGCAGGUGUGGAGGGCGCCAAUGCUGGCGCUAAGGAUGCCAACGGCAAUCGAAAUGGGCGGCAGCGCAAGCACAAGGCCAAGAAGAAUGCGCAGCGCCAGCAGCAGGCGGCCAAGGAGGCCAUGGUCGUGGCACGCGUACAGCAGCUCUCCGAGAGGGAGAAGAAGCUGGUCAAGCAGUGUAAUAUAUUUCUGGUGCGCAACUUCGAGAAGAUUCGUCGUUGCAAGGCCAAACGCGCUGCGGCAAAGGCGCGCGCCGCUGGCUCGCCGGCUGCGGGCGAGGCUGAUCUGCCUGGCCGUCGUCCAUCGACGCCUUCGUCAAGCUCACUGCUGGCCGCACAAAUCUCAGCACUCUGCACGCCGCGCAACAUGAAAACACGUGGCUUAACGCAAGCCGUACAGGAUCCGGAGCUGGAGAAGAUGGCCAAAAUGGCCGUAGUAUUCCGCGACAUUUGCAGUGCACUUGAAUCUCCCAAAAUGUCUGAGCUGCUCUCCACAUUGGCCAGCAGCAAGAAAAAGAAGCAGCUGAAAACUGCGCGUCUCGAUUUUAAGACAAUUCAAGCUCAAGUGGAGCAGGGACAUUAUAAGACACCACAGGCCUAUGAUGAACAGAUGCAGCAGCUGUUUACAGAGGCGCGGCAGCUGCACGGCGACGAUGAGGAGAAGUCAAAGGCGCUGCAAACGCUGCUGGAAAGCUACAAGCAGCAGAAGGAAGCCAGCUACCCGCAGCUGCUGGAAAUACUGGGCAAGCCAGAGGGGCUGGAAAGCUUUAAGCCCAACCAGGAGACAGAGGAAGAGGCCAAAGAAGUUCAGUCAGAGGAUCAGAAGCAGCAGCAGAAUGCAAAGGAAACUAAGGAAACAAAGGAAACAAAUGCAGCUGCUGCUGCAGCCCCAGAGGUGGUGCCAGCCACGGACGAGGAAGAUGUCAUACGCUGCAUUUGUGGUCUGUACAAGGACGAGGGUCUGAUGAUUCAGUGUUCCAAGUGCAUGGUCUGGCAGCACACCGAGUGCACCAAAGCAGACAUCGAUGCGGAUAACUAUCAGUGCGAGCGCUGUGAGCCGCGAGAAGUGGAUCGCGAAAUACCGUUGGAUGAGUACACGGACGAGGGACAUCGUUACUAUCUAUCGCUGAUGCGUGGCGACCUGCAGGUGCGCCAGGGUGACGCAGUUUACGUGCUGCGUGAUAUACCCAUCAAGGAUGAGACGGGCAAGGUGCUGCCCAGUCAGAAGCAUACGUACGAGACCAUUGGAGCCAUUGACUAUCAAGAGUGCGACAUAUUUCGCGUGGAGCAUCUGUGGAAGAACGAGGCGGGCAAACGCUUCAUAUUCGGUCAUCACUUCUUGCGUCCUCACGAGACCUUCCAUGAGCCAUCGCGUCGCUUCUAUCCCAACGAGGUAGUUCGGGUCUCGCUGUACGAGGUGGUGCCAAUUGAACUAGUGAUUGGGCGCUGUUGGGUGCUGGAUCGCACCACAUUCUGCAAGGGUCGACCCAUGGAGUGCAACGACGAGGAACAUUGCUACAUAUGUGAGCUGCGUGUGGACAAGACCGCUCGUUUCUUUUCCAAGGCCAAGGCCAAUCAUCCGGCGUGCACUAAGAGCUAUGCGUUUAGAAAGUUUCCGGAGAAACUCAAGAUCUCAAAAAGCUAUGCGCCACAUGAUGUGGACCCAUCGUUGUUGAAGUCGAGGAAGCAAAAGACUGAUUUAGGAGUAGGAGCAACAUCCAUAAAAAUGAGUAGACAGGAGCAGAAAUCAAGCCAAGCAACAGGGAGCAACAGGAAGCAGCGAAAUGCAAACGCUGGGCAGACAGGAUCGGCAUCCGGUGUAACGGCAGCAGUCACAGAAACCGCUGUUAAAGUGUUAACGCCAGUCGCUCCCAAUGGACAGGUGCUAAAGAAGAAGCGAUCGCGCUUGGAAAAUGUUCUAAAUACCAUGAAGCUCAAAUGCCUGGAUGCGCAAACGGCGCAGGAGCAGCCAAUUGAUUUGUCCUACUUGCUAAGUGGACGCGGCGCCCGACAACGCAAAACCAACUGCAGCAGCAGUAACGGUAGCAACAGCAGCAGCUCGGCAAUGCCGUGCGCCUAGUGGAUGCUAAUAUAUCUAUAUGUAGCCAUGUACAUAAAUAUCGACUUUAGAGGCAUUGCGUACUAUUUAUAUGAA